AUGCGAUCACAGCAAGGAUCCACGAUUGAGAUUUCUGGCCCAUGGGGGAAGAUGUCAUACAGUAUCCCUGCGUACAUGAGUAUAGAGCAAGACGAGGCGGCGAAGACGAAGACGCUGAGUAUCCUCGAUGCCGAGGAUAGGAAGCAGAGGGAGAUGUGGGGUACAGCUCGAGCCUACCUUCAAAAUCACAUCCUAGGCUGCAGCGAAGGCCACACCGCCAUCCUGCGCCUCGUCGGCGUAGGCUACCGCGCUACCAUCGAGGCCUCGGCCACGACGACAACGGCAACAUAUCCCGGUCAGAAGUUCGUCUCACUGAAAGUCGGAUAUUCGCAUCCCAUCGAACUCGGUAUACCCGAAGGUGUCACGGCGAGUACACCGCAGCCGACGAGGAUUCUGCUCGAGGGCGUCGAGAAGGAAGUGGUGAUGCAGUUUGCGGCCAAGAUCAGAGAGUGGAGGGUUCCAGAGCCGUAUAAGGGCAAGGGCAUUUUCGUCAACGAUGAGACUAUCCGGUUGAAGGCGAAGAAGAUCAAAUAG